AUGUCUAUGAAUAAUUCUCCAAAUGUGUUUUCAGAUCCCAACCUGAAUCGAUUUCAGGUCAAUGUCAUUAAUGAAAACAAUGAAAACACAACCCAUCCUCAGGGAGAUGCUGAUUCCCAACGUUACGAAGAGACGUCCUUCGCGGCGGAUGCCAACAACAGACUCCAAAUCAGCUACAGGCCAGGAAACCGAGAAGGAUACGACAACUCCUUUCCAAAUGGAGACUCUACUAAAACCGGUGGAAGCUUUCACCCCUAUGACACUCAUAAUAACACAUAUUAUUUGAAGACAUUCGGCCAUAAUACAAUGGACGUCGUACCUAAAAUUGAUUAUUACCGAAACUCUGGCAGCGUCAGCGGAGUCAAAAUGAACAGACCGAGCCUGAUGGAGAUCCAUGAGCAGCUGUCAAAGAACAUCACAGUGUCUUCUGGUUCAGUCGACAAAUUUGCCAAACUGGAUGGAAGUGGAGGAGACGGCGAACUCAACAAGGAGGAAGAACUCAAAGGCGGCUUUGUGAAAUUUGGAUGGGUGAAAGGGGUCCUGGUGAGAUGCAUGCUGAAUAUCUGGGGUGUGAUGCUGUUCAUUCGCCUCUCCUGGAUUAUUGGCCAAGCAGGAAUCGGUCUUGGAGUCAUAGUCAUUUGCCUGAGUGUGGUAGUCACUACUUUAACAGGUAUCUCCAUGUCUGCCAUAUGUACAAAUGGAGUGGUAAGAGGAGGUGGAGCUUAUUACCUGAUCUCCAGAAGUUUAGGACCUGAAUUUGGAGGCUCCAUUGGCCUCAUCUUUGCCUUUGCUAACGCCGUGGCUGUAGCCAUGUACGUCGUUGGGUUUGCCGAAACGGUGGUGGAGCUCCUCAAGGGAAGCAAUGCUCUAAUGGUAGAUGCAACCAAUGAUAUCAGAAUAAUAGGUGCCAUAACUGUAGUCAUACUUCUGGGGAUUUCUGUGGCUGGUAUGGAAUGGGAAGCAAAGGCCCAAGUGGUUCUUCUAGUUAUCCUUCUUGUUGCUAUCGUCAAUUUCUUCAUUGGGACUGUCAUUCCAAGCAACAAUGAAAAGAAGGCAAGAGGAUUUUUUAAUUAUCAAGCCUCAAUAUUUGCAGAAAACUUUGGACCAGAAUUCAGAGGCGACGAAGGGUUUUUCUCAGUGUUUGCCAUUUUCUUCCCCGCAGCCACAGGUAUUCUGGCCGGAGCCAAUAUUUCUGGAGACCUGGAGGAUCCACAAGAUGCCAUCCCCAAAGGAACAAUGUUGGCCAUUCUACUCACAACAAUUGCUUAUCUGGCAGUAGCCAUCUGUGCAGCUGCUUGUGUCGUGCGCGACGCCACUGGGAAUGUCAAUGAUACGGUUGUAUUCGGGAUGAAUUGCAAUGGAUCAUCUGCUUGUGCCCUGGGCUAUGAUUUCUCCAGCUGUAAAACCCAGACAUGUGAUUAUGGGCUGAUGAAUAAUUUCCAGGUUAUGAGUAUGGUUUCCGGAUUUGGUCCCUUAAUUACGGCUGGAAUAUUUUCGGCUACGCUUUCAUCCGCACUUGCUUCGCUUGUCAGUGCACCCAAGGUUUUCCAGGCUCUGUGCAAGGAUAACAUCUACCGAGCUCUCCACUUUUUUGCCAAAGGAUAUGGGAAAAACAAUGAGCCAAUAAGAGGAUAUGUCCUUACUUUCGUCAUUGCCAUGGCCUUCAUUUUGAUCGCCGAACUGAACACCAUUGCUCCCAUCAUCUCCAACUUCUUCUUGGCUUCAUACGCACUGAUCAAUUUCUCGUGUUUCCAUGCAUCAUAUGCAAAAUCUCCAGGUUGGAGGCCUGCUUUCAGAUACUACAAUAUGUGGAUCUCCCUUUUCGGAGCGGUGCUGUGCUGUGCCGUCAUGUUCGUCAUCAACUGGUGGGCCGCUCUCAUCACUUACGCUAUCGAGUUAUUUCUUUACAUUUAUGUCACGUACAAGAAGCCAGAGGUAAAUUGGGGGUCAUCCUCGCAGGCCCUCUACUACGUCAAUGCCAUUGACUCUGCACUAGACCUAACAACAGUGGAUGAUCAUGUGAAAAACUUCAGGCCGCAGUGUUUGGUAUUAACAGGGGGACCCAUGAUCAGACCAGCUUUGUUGGACAUUGCGCAUUCGUUCACAAAGAACAACGGGCUCUGCAUGUGUUGUGAAGUGUACACAGGCCCACGCAAGCUGUGCGUUACAGAGAUGAACAGUGGCAUGGCAACGAAGCAGGCUUGGCUGGCAAAGAACAAAAGGAAAGCCUUUUAUGCGGCGGUGGCAGCUGACAGCUUUCGAGACGGAGUCAAAAGUCUCCUUCAAGCCUCCGGAUUGGGCAGAAUCAGACCGAACACCUUGGUGUUUGGAUUUAAAAAGAACUGGAGACAUUCCACGGCAGCGCAAGUUGAAAAUUACGUGGGCAUCAUUCAUGAUGCAUUUGACUUCGAAUUCGGUGUGAUCAUUGUUCGAAUAAGCCAAGGAUUUGACAUCUCGCAAGUCCUCCAGGUUCAAGAGGAACUGAAGAGGCUGGAGCAGGAGAGGCAAGCUCUUGAAGCGACCAUUAAAGACAGUGAAUUUGAAGAAGGGAAUGGGGGCAUUCGUGGAUUCUUCAGAAGAGCCACCAAGCUUCACAUUACCAAGACCAUGCCCCCAAAAGGCAACAGCAUUAACACAAUCUCUUCCAUGCAUAUGGGUGAAUUCAAUCAGCGACUGCUUGAAGCCAGCACUCAGUUUAAAAAGAAGCAAGGGAAAGGAACUAUUGAUGUGUGGUGGCUGUUUGAUGAUGGAGGGCUAAUACUCCUGAUUCCCUACAUUCUCACUCUACGGAAAAAGUGGAAGGAUUGUAAACUAAGGAUCUUUACUGGAGGAAAAGUCACUCGCCUCGAAGAGGAGAAGCUAAGGAUGGCUUCACUUUUAAGUAAAUUCAGAAUAAAGUUUGCUGACAUUAACAUAAUUGGUGACAUCAAUAUGAAACCCAGCAAAGAGAGCUGGAAAUUCUUUGAAGAGAUGAUUGAACCAUAUCGCCUCCAUGAGAGCUGCAAAGAUUUAACAAUUGCUGAGAAAUUAAAGAGAGAGGCACCGUGGAAAAUCACCGAUGCAGAACUAGAAGCGUUCAAGGAGAAGAGCUACCGCCAAGUCCGUUUGAAUGAACUUUUGCAGGAACACUCUAGAGCUGCUAAUCUGAUAGUUCUGAGCUUACCAGUGGCAAGAAAAGGAAUCAUAUCUGAUUACCUCUAUAUGGCUUGGUUAGAAAUCCUGUCAAAGAAUCUGCCUCCAGUUUUGCUUGUCCGAGGGAACCACAAAAAUGUGCUAACGUUUUACUCUUAACACAUGGAAUAUGGAAUCCAUUAUAUGCAUUCUGUAUUAAGAUGAAAUUAUUGGGAGGAAAUGCUAAAAAGCAACCGCAUCUCGAUAUCUGACAUAUUUGAAUUUACUUCCCUAUAUAGUGUAAAAAAAUCACUUCAGUGUUAUCAUCGAACAGUGCAAAGCUGAAUUACACACAGAUCUCAAAUGCUGGCCCUUCUGUAGUCAAAAUGUUAUCACAUAAAUGGAACAUUAUCAGCGUGCUCUGAAAACCUGAAGGUUUACAGAAGUACAAAACGCAGAACCCAUUUAUUUGAUAAAUGGGAAAGAGAAAACACAGAGGCGGGGAAGAGGAAUGAUAUGGAAAGGGAUAUCCUUAAAAAAACAUUGAACAGCAGCAGUAUGCAUUAUAGGAUUUAGUUGCAGAUCUUACUUAUAUCCCAUAAUAUAUGCCACAAAAAUAAUAUUUUUUAAGAUUUUUAUUGUAUGGCCAUUUUCAAGAAGAAAUCGUCUUUGCAAAGGAUUCAGAUUGCCUAAUUGUUAAGAAUGAUUUAUCACUAACACUAUAAUGGUGGGAUCCAGCAUACGAGAGGGCAUCAGGUUCCAGCUACAAAGGCCACUCCGUUGAUGCCCCCAUGUCCAACCUCAUUGAUUUUUCCCCCUUUUAGAAACAUAUAAUUAGAAAACUAAACUUUCAAAAGUUUUAAAGCUGGGAGAAGGAGUGCUCGACACAGUCCUAUAUAAAAAGUCUACUUAGUACAGAGUUCUUAGAAAUCAUGGGAGUAGGGGUAGAAUAAAUAUAUUCAUGUAUUGUCAAAGGCUUUCAUUGCCAGAAU